AUGUCCAAUAACUCAUCACGUCAUUAUCACUCAUCAUUUUCACCACAAGUAUAUAGUCAUAAUUUUCAUGAUUCCGUUGAAAUUUCAAGAUUUAAUCAUCAGUUUAUUUCAUAUAACAACGAUAAUAUGUCUUCCUCCUCUUAUGUUCCACAUAUUCUAACUUCCACACCUACACGACGUUCUUCGCGAUAUUCCUUCGCUUCAAAUGACUAUAAUACGACGACCACAACAAAUUCUCUACCUUCCCCUGUGCAUUAUUCAUCAUCAAAUGUAACAUCCCCCUAUCCUUUCAAUACACCUUAUCAUGCUACCUCCAAUUUCAAUCCCAACAUUCCUAACACAUCAAUAUUCUCUUAUGAUCAAUUCGUGGUACCGCUACCAUCCACUACGACGACAACUGUUGGAGAUUCUUUCUGGAACGAAGCUUACAGAAAUCUCCUUCCUGCGAUCCCUCUGCAAAAUGUAACGAUACCACAACCUCAAUUUCCUAAAUUAUCGCUAUCUUUUGAUUACCUAUAUCAACAAGAACCACCUCCACAAACUUCGCAACCGGAACCUGAACCUUUACACCCCCCAUCUCAAGAAUGUCAGGAGCCACGCGAAUCAGAGAAAGAAAAAAAGGAUGGAUCUUUUAAAUCCACCAAAAAUCUUGCAAAGGAGUUGGUAGCCGAAAUGGCAAUUGAAGAAUUGAUUAAAAAACAACCCGACGCUUUUUGUGUUAUUGAGAAAUCCAGCGAAAUCAUGGAUAAUUGUCGAGCUAAAAUUUUUAUAAAUAAUAUUAUAAAUGCUAAUGCUGAUGUUGGUGAAGAAGAGACACCGAUUUCAAUUUCCCCUCCGACUUCCACUGUAACAACUUCAAUUGAGAAUAAUAUCAUUAGGGAAGAAUUAAAUGAAGAUAAUGAUGUCACGUCAACUUAUGAAGAAAGUUUGGAGGAUUCUACGGAACAAAGUACUUCUGAUAACGUUUCUUUUAGUACACCAAAUACUUCCUCUUCUUCAAAUGAAGAAGAUUUGAAUGAAGAUGAUGAGAAUAACGAUAAAGAUAAUAGUAGCGAAGCAUCAGAUGAAACUAUUGGAACUCAAGAUGGAAUUCCAUGA